UGUUAAAAGAUCAUCGUCACCGGCGACUCCUAGCGAGUGAGCGUACACGGACCACGAUUUCGGUGAUAGGAGAGCGCGGAUAUUCUACCGGCGUGCAUCACACCUCCUGGAGGUUCAACCUUCAACCUCAACACUCUCGAUUUUCGUAGUUUGUAGAGUGUGAAUCUCACUGGAUUAAUCAAAAUGCAUGGAAAGAAAGGGUGCGAGUUAGUGAAAGAACUUGCAGACGGCGAACCUGGGCAGCUUGCAGCGUACAAUAAUGAUCUAUUUUCUCAAGUAGUUGAAGAAUGUAACAGCCAUUUCCUUCACCUACGAUCCCUGAUGAGCUCUACUUCAUUUGAAAAUUCAAGUAGUCAACAACCAUCUGAUGAUGCUGAUUACUAUGGUUUGCUGGUUCACCACCAGUCUCUGAUCCGCAACAAACGAUGUCUCAUGGCUUAUGUAUACAACCGCUCAGAAAUUAUUCGCAUUUUGAGUUGGACCCUUGAGCCUGUACUCCCUGAACAAAUCGAGGAGAAGCUUAGCAAUUCUGAAAAGGAAUAUUUCAAGAAUCACUCUGCAACCCUACAAUCAUACAUGGCAGAACUUGAUCUGGACUUGGGUGUGGAUAUGGUGCCACCCAAAGACCCCUACAUCAAAGUGAGGGUCCUUGAUGACAUCGGUACUGUCACGCUCAGUGAUCAGUUUGCCAAUCUGGCUCUCCAUGCGAUUCUUUUUCUUAGGAGAACUGAUGCCGAGAAGUAUAUUGCACAGGGUUUAAUGGAGGAGCUCACAAGUUGAGUAGAGUUUUUUUAUCAUUCUUAAUGAUUGACAGAAAGACAUCCAUAUUAUUUAUGUAUUCAUUGUUGGAUGAGCUCAUAAGGAGGUGAUUACCAACUCUAAAUGGGUUCAACACUGUAAUGCAUUAACGAAUACAAGGCAGCAUGCCAGCAUCCCAAUAGAUUGUGGAGUAAUAUGUACCACAGGAUGGUUCUUGUGGUUGCCAUAAGCCCUGAUGAUGAACUCUCAUUUAAGAAAGACCCCAAUAUAUCAUUUGAAAAGUAGAUAUUUUGUGGGAAAAAAGAAGUGAUGAGUUAACCUGAUGACAGAUUUUGAAGAAAAGACAGACAACCAGCUGACGUUCAAAGUUGCAGAGGGAAAAAAAUGUGAUGUAUUUACUAGCUGAAGAAGUUUUGUUAGAGAAAGAAAAGAGAACGUUUUUGUAUGUUUAUUUUAGUCUCGAGAUAAUAAUAUACGGAGUACUAAAAGAUAUUUUUACUUCAACAAUAUCACAAAUUCCGAAUCAAGACUUCUAUGUACC